AUGACCCCGGACGGCGGGCACGACGGCACCCAGGGCUGGGGCGAGUAUCUGCACUAUUACCGCUUCCAAAGCGGCCUGCCCGAGAUCGCCCAUACGCACACCACCUACCUCCGCAUCGAGUUCUCUCUCUUCCUCGAUCUCGGCGCCAAGAUCAUCAUCUCCCCCUCAACCCUCGUCAACCCGUACCGGGACGCUACCUACGAUAAGUUUCACUCUGAAGAAAACAUUCGUGCUGUGGAGAACUUCAAACUGGUUCUGUGGCGGCGCCAGCGCCAAUUGACACUAGCGAACGGAGCUUCUCACCAAGUUACCCAUUACAAUCUCGAAUCUCGAGUCGUCGAGAAAUCGCCCUCGGGGUCGGACGUGAAGCCUGCCAUCUUCACGCUGCUGGCCGCUGAUGGCCAGAGCCAGCUAGUAGGCGUUCUGGCAGCUGGAGCAGCAGAUGAGCUGCGUGUUGCGGCCACGCUCGAUGACCUGGCAGCGGAUGCCGCUGCGGUAGGGGGGGCAGUAGACGAAGUCGGACUGAUGCUGGCUGAUGAGGCGGCCGCACUGGCGGCACUUGACGACGUUGAGAAUGAAGUUGCACAUGACGAACGCAGGCCUGGGUCUUGGACGGAGGUGGUCUUGAUGUGA